AUGUCCAUGCCGCACAUGGUGCAGCACGGCAGCUCCUCGGAAACAGAGGCUUGCGAAAUGGAGUUGGAGAGACCAACCGUAGGAUCCUGUGCCACCUCGGCCGUCACACCCGCCGUAGCUCCGACCGUCGAGGAGAUGUCGUGGCGCAUGACGCAGGAUGAGGGCGCCUCUUCGGUGAAGGAGCAUGUGCGACACGCGAACAGGAGCUUGUUCUCAGACUUGUCUUCGCGGGGGAACAAAAGGUUGGAGCUGUUUGCGUCAGCAACUGCGGCUCACCAUUCUGAGCAGAAUCGGAAGAGGAUGGGCUCUUUCUUGGUGGGCCCUCCCAUCUCUGCUGCUGGUGAAGACAUGAUGAUGUGGUGGCGCGCAGUUUCCACGUGCAGGAGGCGAAGGUGGUCUGGGAUCGGAAAAGCGCGUCUGUCGCCUUGCCAAGGGUGCUUUGUUGCAGGCAGGAACGGAACGCCCCCGCAUGCGCCGAUCACCUUGCCAACCUUGCCCGCAGCUGCGAUUUCUAACCUCGCAACAGCCCCCAUCUGCGCCUACAGCUCUCCAUCAACUCUUGCACCGACUGUCUCCAUCUCAAUCUUUCUGACCAUACCCAUUGCGCCUCAAAACUUCCACGCGAUCAACAAUGAGGAGACAGGUCUGCCCCAGGGCUGGGAGGUUCGCCGCUCCAACACCAAGAACUUGCCAUACUACUUCCAUCCCGAAACCAAAGACUCGCGAUGGGAGCCUCCGGCGGGUACCGAUCCCGAGAAGCUCAAGGAGUUCAUGGCAGCGAACCACAGUUCAAAGGGCGUUGCGCCGGCAAACUUUACGCAGACGGGAGAUAAGAUUCGCGCUGCUCAUCUGCUCGUGAAGCAUCGCGAUAGCAGGCGCCCAGCUAGCUGGCGGGAACCCAAAAUCACCCGGUCCAAGUCAGAAGCAGAGGAACUGAUCAAGAAAUACCAGUCUCAAAUCCUGGCAUUUGAGGCACCCGCCGAACAUAAUGACCCCAACCCCAAGUCGCUAUCAGAGCUCGCGACAACAGAGUCGGACUGUAGCAGCGCACGUAAAGGGGGCGAUCUUGGAUUCUUUGGCCACGGAGACAUGCAAAAGGAAUUUGAGAACGCAGCUUUUGAUCUGAAACCUGGAGGUGUCAGCGAGAUAGUCGAUACAGCAUCGGGACUGCAUUUGAUUCAGAGGUAG